AUCUGUUUUCUGUGUCUUUAUGUUUACAUGUUUGAAAAGUAAAUUGACCUGUUCUCUAUAACUCAAUAACUGUAAAGCCUUGUUAAGAAUUAGAGAUCUAAAAUCCAUACAUCUCUUGUCAGAAUCUCUUUCAGAGAUGUACCGACCAACCCUGCUGGCGCUGGCCGUGCUGCUCUGCUGUUCACUUUUGGCAAAUGGAGGGAAAGUAUUGGUGUUCCCUUUAGAUGGAAGCCACUGGGUCAACAUGAAAAUCCUCUCUGAGGAGCUUCACUCCAGAGGCCAUGAAGUCACAGUGAUGCGUCCAUCGAACAGCUGGUACAUCAAGGCAGAGUCAAAUCACUACAAGUCCAUCACUAUAAAUUCUCCAAGUGGCUUUGAUCCUGAAAGUUUUGGCUCAUUUAUAACCAGAAUGGUGAAGAAUCGGCUGGAAGGUGCCUCAAUUUGGACUCGUAUGUCUCUGGAGUAUGAAAUGGUGACACAGUUCUAUGAGAUGCAUAAGCAUGCGGUGGAGACGAUUGCUGAAGUGUUUGAGAACAAGAAAUUGAUGCAGAGCCUCAAUGACGCCAAAUAUGAUUUGGUUCUGACGGACCCUGCAAUAGGUGGAGGGGUGCUUCUGGCUCACCGUUUGGGUCUUCCACUUGUCUUUAAUGUGAGGUGGACUGUUCAAGGUGAAGCACAUCUUGCAAUUGCUCCUUCCCCAUUGUCUUAUGUCCCAAUCCCAGGAACAGAGCUGACAGACAAGAUGACGUUUUCCCAGCGGGUCAAGAACUUCCUUCAUUAUUUCUUCACAUGUAUUCUUGUUAAGUAUAUCAUAGACCCGAUCUAUCAACCAUUUGUCGAACGUUACUUUGGCCCCGAUGUUCACUACAUGGAGCUGUUCCAAGCAGCAGACAUCUGGUUGAUGAAGAAUGAUUUUACUUUUGAGUUCCCACGCCCCACAAUGCCAAAUGUUGUUUACCUGUCAGGAUUUCACUGCAAACCCUCCAAGCCCCUCCCUAAAGAACUAGAGGAUUUUGUCCAGAGCUCUGGUGAACAUGGUAUCAUUGUUAUGACAUUAGGCACCAUGGUGGCAAAACUUCCUGAAGACGUGACUGAGGACAUUGCUGCUGCCUUUGCCCAACUCCCUCAGAAGGUUAUCUGGAAGCAUAAAGGCAAAAGACCAUCAUCCCUUGGCAACAACACCUUGAUUUUGGACUGGCUGCCUCAAAAUGACCUGCUGGGUCAUCCUAAGACCAGAGUGUUUGUCGCCCAUGGAGGCACCAAUGGUGUUCAGGAGGCCGUUUACCACGGUGUUCCCCUGGUCGGUCUGCCCCUCAUCUUUGACCAGCAUGACAACUUCUUCAGGAUGAAAGCAAGAGGUGUGGCCAAAGUGGUGGACAUUUCAACUCUGAACAAAGACAAUUUCCUGCAGGCACUGAAGGAGGUGCUCUAUGAGCCGUCCUACAGGGAGAAAAUGAAGGCGCUUUCAAACCUUCAAAGAGAUCAGCCCAUGAAACCCAUGGAUCGUGCCGUGUUCUGGAUUGAGUUUGUCAUGAGACACAAAGGAGCUCCACAUCUAAGGACAGAGUCUUACAAGAUGUCCAAGAUCCAGUACCACUCAAUUGAUGUGGUGGCAUUUCUAUUGGCAGCUAUUCUGCUAGUUGUGACCGUUUUCAUUGUAACAGUCAAGUUUUUGUGGCGAAGGGUGUUUUCUAGAAGCAAAGUCAAAAAGGAAUGAUGAAUGUGCGGCAACAUAGUUGUGAUACUCUCCCUUUUUUACUGAAAGCUAAUUUCUUGCAAUGGAAUCGUUCGUAUCAAGGAGACAACUUCUCAAAGGGUUUUUUCUUUUAUUCAUAAACGAUCGAAUUUACUUGAAUUAAAUGAAAUGAAACAAAAUACAUUUUAUAGAAAGUAUCACUUUUUUUAGAGCAAUCAUUACAUCCCUACUGAUAUCAUCAAUAUACCGCCCAGGCCUGUAAAUUGCUGCAUUUUGUUGAUGCAGAUGAGAAUACAAAUGUAGUUUUAAACAUUUUCUAUUAUCACAAUUUUGACAAAUUGACUGCAAAUACGAUGAAGGUAUGCACUGUCUGAGAGCUUUUAAGUUUAUAAUUCUUUUUCUGCAUUUUUCUUAUAUUUGAGAGGAUAAUUAAACAUUAAAAAUGCUUUGUUCAGUUACGUUCAUUGUCAAACUUGUUCAGUCUUGCCUCUAAUAUUGUGUUCAUGUUAUUUCAUCUUGAGAAAAUAACAUUCAACCACACAGGUGAACACUAAGCCACAUUAUAAGGAACAUUUUGUUCAAAUAAUGGGUAGUAUCUCUAUUUAAUAAGGGAUACAUUAAAUACAUGGGGACAUAUUAAAUUACUGUUUUGUUCCUUGAAACAGGUGGUGUCCUUGAGAAGAAAUACAAAAGAACAGCAGCUUAUUAGUUUCUUCUUACAGUGCUUUUAUACUUGAAUCAGCAUGAGUUUGGGUUAUUGUGUUCAUAGAGCCUUUUAAGAUAGUGCCUUUGUGUUUCUUUUCACUUCUCGCACUCCCUUACAUUUCAUAUAACAGCAGGCUGUUUUAUAUUAUUUAUAUUCAUAUGGGCAGACUUUUUUCAGUUCAGUUUUUGCAUACACAAUUGUUGAAUUGUUCUCAAAAGAAAAGCCCAGAAGAAGAGGCCAGAAAACACAGCUUGACCGAGGUACACAGAGAAAUAACAAUAGAAAUAGAUGUAGGUCCAAAAAGAACACACGAAAAGGUCUCUGAAACUGAACUUGAGAAAGAAAACAAAUGUCUUGGCUCACAGAUGACAGACAAAGUGUGAAGACAGAGGGUGCUUCAAUCUGCUAUAUGUGGGCCCUCCUUACUGUUAAUUGUGCAUUACUGGACUACUGACAAGAUUGUUUGUUAACCUGCUUUGAUUUGAAAUGUGUUUUUUAUGUGACAUGAUAUAAGUUAACUGGUUACAUCUGAAAAUAUUUUGUGGCUCAAGUUUACCAAUUGAUAGAAAUGGAGGCUCCAAAAAACUGCUGAGUUUAUUAGUUGACGGAUGAAUUGUGUUAAUCAAUAGUCACACAUUAAUUAUAUACUUAGAAACAUGAAAUCAAAUUACCUCCAACAUAGAUGAACUCAAUGAGAAAGAGGGUUAGAUUUGUAUUUGAACUUGAGUG